AUGCAGGCCCCCGCGCGCUCCUCCGCUCCAUCCUCGCCGCUCGUCUCCUCCGCGCCACCGCUACCUCCACGGCCACAGCGCGUCGCUUUCCCCUCCCUCCGCCGCCGUGAUCUCCUCCUUCUCCCGGCGGCGCUGACCCUCCCGAUGGCGCCCGCCCCCUUGCCUGCGUCGGCGCGCGGGCUGUUCCGCAUGCCCCCGCCGCGGCUGGCGAACCGCUACUUUCUGGUGCGCGCGGGCGAGUCCGUGUACGAGGGGCAGGGCCUCCUCCGCACCAACCCGGUCGCCAAGACCUCCGUCGACAGCGGCCUCUCCCCCGUGGGGCUCCGCCAGACGGCGCGCGCCGCGCUCGAGCUCCAGCGCCUCGGCGCGUGCGAGGACGACUGCUGGAUAUGGCCGUCCAUCACGCAGCGCGCGUACCAGGCGGCCGAGAUCAUUGCCGCGGCCAACGGGAUCAACCGCAGUCGCAUCGUGCCGGAGUACAGCUUCUUGGAUGCACGCGGAUUGGGUGCGUUUGAGGGGAAGAGCUUAGACACCUUGCCCGAGGUGUAUGCGUCAGAUAACAUUUCUCCAGACAUGAAGCCUCCUCCUAUCAGUGAUGGUACUCCAAAUGAGAGCGUAGCAGACGUAUUUGUUCGGGUGACACAGCUCAUGUCAAUACUAGAGACCCAGUACUCAGGGGAAACUGUUGUCAUUGUUUCACCAGAUUCUGACAACUUGUCAAUUCUUCAAGCUGGAUUGAUUGGGCUAGACCUUCGGAGGUUUUUUUCUCUGGUGAACAACACUGCACAUUCCUCAUUUGGUUCUUAG